CACUUCUCCGUCUCAAACAAGUUGAUGUACAGCCCCGAAACACAAUAAACAAAGCUCACUGGCCUUCCUUUCUUUAACGCUCUUGAGAAAAGUAAGAAGAGGAAAAGACUCCUCACAAGACCAAAAUCGCUUGAUUUCUCUCUAAUUCACAAAAUUUUCCAUUUUUCCUUCCAGAUCCGCCAUUGUUUGCCCCUCUUCAACGUCAUAGGAAACCCUAGCUUGCGCAAAGCAGCUCUUUCGAUCUUUGAAAACGAAAAAUCCCUCUCGAUCACCCUCGAUUGUCUCUAUUAUUUAAGGCUCAAACCCUUCUUUGUGACCUAGAUUUUCCAUUGUAUCUUUUGUGUGUAGUUCUUUUUGGUUCUUGGUGUAAAUCGUAGUUCGGUAGCGAUUGGUUAGGUUUUUUUUUUCCUGGGGUUUAAAUCGGAGGUGAUGAAUAACAACAAUAGAGGGAGGUAUCCGCCCGGGAUCGGCGUUGGGCGUGGUGGAGAAGGGAAUACGAACCCUAACUUCCAGUCGAGGACGCCGCAGCAGCAACAACAGUACUUGCAGAGGAAUUACGUGCAUAAUCACCAGCAAUUUCAGCAGCAACAACAGCACCAUCAUAAUCAACAGCAACACCAUCAUAAUCAACAGCAGCACCAUCAUAAUCAACAGCAGCUGCAACAACAACAGCAACAACAGUGGCUGAGGAGGGGCCAGUUACCUGUUGCACAUUCCGUGGUGGAUGAGGUCGAAAAGACAGUGCAGUCCGAGGCAGUUGACCCGAGCUCACAAGAUUGGAAGGCAGGACUGAAGAUACCAGCAGCUGAUACACGUUUCAAAACAGAGGAUGUGACAGCCACCAAAGGAAAUGAAUUCGAGGACUAUUUUUUGAAGCGUGAGCUGCUUAUGGGAAUAUAUGAGAAGGGUUUUGAAAGGCCUUCCCCAAUUCAAGAAGAAAGUAUUCCAAUUGCUCUUACUGGUAGUGAUAUACUUGCAAGAGCCAAAAAUGGUACAGGGAAAACAGCUGCAUUUUGUAUUCCUGCCUUGGAAAAAAUUGACCAAGAAAACAAUGUUAUUCAAGUUGUCAUUCUGGUUCCCACACGAGAGCUGGCUCUUCAGACAUCACAAGUUUGUAAGGAGCUUGCAAAGCAUUUGAAAAUUCAAGUUAUGGUUACCACUGGUGGUACCAGUCUGAAGGAUGAUAUUAUGCGUUUAUAUCAACCAGUACAUUUACUUGUUGGGACUCCUGGAAGAAUACUAGAUCUCGCAAAAAAGGGCAUUUGUAUUUUGAAAGAUUGUUCAAUGCUUGUUAUGGAUGAGGCUGAUAAGCUUUUGUCUCCAGAGUUUCAACCAUCAAUAGAGCAGCUGAUUCGAUUUCUUUCUGCUAGUCGUCAAAUUUUAAUGUUUUCGGCCACAUUUCCUGUUACUGUCAAGGACUUCAAAGAUAGAUAUCUUCAGAAGCCUUAUGUUAUUAAUCUUAUGGAUGAGCUUACUCUCAAGGGUAUCACCCAGUUCUAUGCUUUUGUGGAAGAAAGACAGAAAGUGCACUGCCUAAACACUCUUUUUUCAAAGCUGCAAAUAAAUCAAUCAAUUAUUUUCUGUAACUCAGUAAAUCGGGUAGAAUUGUUGGCUAAGAAGAUUACAGAACUUGGCUACUCUUGUUUCUAUAUUCAUGCAAAGAUGCUCCAAGACCAUCGUAACAGAGUAUUUCAUGACUUCCGCAAUGGUGCUUGCAGAAACCUAGUUUGUACUGAUCUGUUUACCAGGGGGAUAGACAUCCAAGCGGUGAAUGUCGUGAUUAAUUUUGAUUUUCCAAAGAACUCGGAAACAUACCUGCAUAGGGUUGGUCGAUCUGGAAGGUUUGGACACCUUGGGUUGGCUGUGAAUUUGAUCACCUAUGAGGACCGCUUUAACUUGCACAGGAUCGAGCAAGAGCUUGGUACCGAAAUUAAACAAAUUCCUCCACAUAUUAAUCAGGCAAUUUAUUGCCGUUAAUUUUGGUGAGUGUUUUCCAUUUGAUCAACUAUGUUGAAUACCAAUGGGUUGAUGAAGUUGUCCAUUGGCAAGUAUUCUAGCUCCACAUCCAGGCAGCAAGACUAAGAAUUAGUAGUUAGAGGACCAUCUUGUUGGUGCUGUAUGCAUUUUACCCAGGAAUGCUUUUAUUGGUUUAUCCAUUUUACGCCCCGAAAUAUUAACAGGAUAUUAGGCAAGUUAGAACGGUUUAUAAAUCCCGGAUAGGUGCUGGUCACUGUUCGGGGAUGGUUUGAUUUCCUUGGCAGUUGGUUUGGCAUUACUGUGGUUUGUGAUAGCAAGUUGAUUGAAGGUGGUUGUACUUCAUGCAGAGUAUCCUCUCUCCCUCUCUCUCUCUCUCUCUCUCUCUCUGACUGUAGGAUCAUGCGAUAGACUUUCCUCUCUUUGCUUUAGAAAUAAAAGCACUGAACUUUUGAGUGCUGUAAUUUCUUUUCUUCCUGUUUAAUUUUAGAGUUGAUUAAAUGUCGGUAUGCUUUCCUUCAAGACAAUAAUAUUGCUUUGUACAGGGC